CGCAGCGCGGGCCGGAGGGAGGGAGGGCGGGCGGGCGAAAGGAGCGGACCCGACACCCGACACCCGGCACCCGGCACGGGACAGGCCGGACCGAGGGCCCACCGCAGAACUGUCGAGAUCUUAGUUGAGAAGGGCGACCUCUCCGGGCCCCGCGGGGCCGCGCACUGGGCGUCCUCCACCGCGCGCCCGCUCCCUCAGUCCACCUGCCGCUGGGGACCCGACCGUCGGCGCGCGCAUCCCCAGGCUCGGGUCCCGGCCCUCGAGGGCGCCGCCGCCUCCGUCUCCGCCUCUGCAGCGUCCGCAACCGCAGACGCCCGGGCGGGACCCCGGCGUGAGCACCGGGCGCCCCCCAAGGAGUGCACGAACCCCGGAGCCGCCCUCGAUACGGACCGCGCCCGCCGGGCACACAAGAAUGGUCACUCAGAUACUGGGGGCCAUGGAGUCUCAGGUUGGGGGGGGGCCGGCCGGCCCGGCCCUGCCCAACGGGCCACUCCUUGGGACAAAUGGAGCCACUGAUGACAGCAAGACCAACCUCAUCGUCAACUACCUACCCCAGAACAUGACACAGGACGAGUUCAAGAGUCUCUUCGGCAGCAUUGGGGACAUCGAAUCCUGCAAGUUGGUUCGGGAUAAGAUCACAGGGCAGAGCCUGGGCUAUGGGUUUGUGAACUACUCUGACCCCAAUGAUGCAGACAAAGCCAUCAACACCCUCAAUGGCCUCAAAUUGCAGACAAAGACCAUCAAGGUGUCCUAUGCACGCCCCAGUUCUGCCUCUAUUCGGGAUGCUAACCUGUACGUCAGUGGCCUCCCCAAGACUAUGAGCCAGAAGGAGAUGGAACAACUCUUCUCCCAGUAUGGUCGCAUCAUCACUUCCAGAAUCCUGCUGGACCAGGCCACAGGUGUCUCUCGGGGUGUGGGAUUCAUCCGCUUUGACAAGAGGAUCGAGGCUGAGGAGGCCAUCAAGGGACUGAAUGGGCAGAAACCACUAGGUGCGGCUGAGCCAAUCACGGUCAAAUUCGCAAACAACCCGAGUCAGAAGACAGGGCAGGCCCUGCUCACCCACCUGUACCAGUCCUCUGCCCGGCGCUAUGCGGGUCCUCUGCAUCAUCAGACACAGCGUUUCCGGCUGGACAAUUUGCUCAACAUGGCCUAUGGAGUCAAAAGUCCCCUGUCGCUCAUCGCCAGGUUCUCCCCAAUCGCCAUCGAUGGCAUGAGUGGCCUGGCAGGUGUGGGCUUGUCCGGAGGCGCGGCAGGCGCUGGAUGGUGCAUCUUCGUAUACAACCUGUCCCCUGAAGCUGAUGAGAGCGUGCUGUGGCAGCUUUUCGGACCUUUUGGGGCAGUCACCAAUGUCAAGGUCAUCCGGGAUUUCACCACCAACAAGUGCAAGGGCUUCGGCUUCGUCACCAUGACCAACUACGACGAGGCAGCCAUGGCCAUCGCCAGCCUGAAUGGCUACCGCCUGGGUGAGCGUGUGCUGCAGGUGUCCUUCAAGACCAGCAAGCAGCACAAGGCCUGAGCACUUACCGCCCUCCCUCCCUGGGCAGCAGAGAGAGAGAAUGAGAGCGGGAGAGAGAGAGUGAGAAAGAGAGAGAGAGCGUGACUGCAAGAGCAGGAAGACCCACACACUUG